GAACAGAAGAAGAAGAAGAUGAUAAAAUUUGUUCCGAAACGCAAUUGUUUUCGUCGCACCUUACAGGAGACGACGACAGACGACUCAGAACUAAUAUAAAAUUCACCUCGUCGUGACCUGUCGCGAAAAAAAAAUUCAAAAGAAUGCACGUACCUUCGGUAACACAAACGGAUUCUUCUGCAAGUCCUACCACGUCCAAAUGGAAAAUAAAGACCAUUUUGUUGUCCGUGCCAAUAGGCAUUGUCGCCGGUAUGUGUCAGUUGUACUUCAAGAUGUCAAGCUAUGAAGAAUUUAGCUACAAGACACCAGUUAGGAAUUUAUUGCCCUGGAUGUUUCAUAUUAAAUGGCUUGGGAAGCUCUUCUUCAAACUCAAUGUUUGCGCUAUAUCUGUGGUGUGCUUGAUCGGGCUCGGUUUAAGUUAUACACUUUACUUACAUUUGAAGUUAAGCCAAGAUGUACAUUCACUUUUACAUUUUUUGAUGUAUGUGCUUAUUUCUCUUGUCAUUCUAAGGGCGGACAAUUUAGCUUACAGUAAGUUUGGUGAACUUACUGGCUAUUACCUAACGUCAGCCCUAAUGGACCAACAAUGUGGGGUAAAUAAAAUGUUGAGUCGUAUUAUGCCAGUGGAUGAAAUAUUUCGCUUAAAAAUUUUAACAAUUAUAGUACCCCUUUACUUAAUGUAUUUGCUUGUACAUUCUUUGAAUGAGUUGAGAGAAAAUAUUUCUAUGAUAAAGACAAAGAAAAAAAAGGACAAAAGAAAGAAGAAAGAAGAAAAGAAGGACAAUCGAAUAACUCCUAAUUGGUUGUUAAGGGAACUUAUUCUCCUAUAUAUGUUAUACAUUAUAUUUUCCAUCUUCACUACACUAAAAUACAUUGUGAAUAACAAUUUUAACAAGUUCAUUUUAAUGAUGACGACUCAAUUUGUGUUUUUGAUACCGUGCCUUAAUACCAUUAAUCGAAGUGCCAUCCUUAUACGUGCUGUACUAUCUACUCUGGUGGUUUUUCUUGUAAUCGUUUUCGCAUUUUACCGGUGGAACUAUUUACCACCGUUUUCGAACUUCUUAAUGCUAAUAACUAACCAUGUUUUCUACAUAUUUGUAAUAUCAUUCCCUUGUCAUUCACACUAUAAUAAAAUAUUUUGCCCGGACAAACGAAAUGAAAACCAUACCGAAGCACUCCGAGCCCUAAUGUCAAUAGCAAGCGAUUUGUAUAUAAAUAAUUUUGUUGACUUAUUGCCUGUUAACUAUUUCGCAGUAUUUAAUGCCAUAACAGUAACACUUUUUGGAAUAUCCAUAAACGGUUUAAUACUUUGAACUGGAAAUGUUAAUUAAAGACUAUUAAAGACUGAAACCUGGAACUCAUAUAAUGCUCACAAAAUAGAUCUUCCUAACGGACUGUUUUAUAUGUUGGUGUUGAAUAAUCUCUUCCAAUACAUGCCUUAUAUCAAAGAAUAAACAAUUCCAAAAAAUCCAAAAAUCGAAAAAUGUCUACAUAUGCUAACAAUAUAAGCUAUAAUAUUAGUCUUUAGUCGUAACUUUAGUAAUUUAUGGCUAUGAAAUAAUUGUUAUGAUUAUAGUUUUUAUAUGAAUGAAUAGAUUUAAAGUAUAAAAUUAAUAAAAUGUUAUUACU